AUGGAAAUUACUAGCAACGUCAAUGCCAGCAACUUCUUGUUCAUACUGAUGGAUCUCCCAGGACUGGAGACUGCUCAUUGCUGGACAGCUAUUCCUAUCUGCUCCAUCUAUGUUCUUUCUGUGAUAGGCAAUGUCACCAUAAUGUACAUUGUCAAGUCUGCAUCCAGUCUCCACACUCCCAUGUACCUCUUCCUGUCCAUGCUCUCCAUGGCUGACCUAGGCCUCUCAGCUUCUACACUGCCUUCAAUGGUAGCUGUCUUUCUCUUGGGCCAGAGAAAGAUUGGAGCUGACACCUGCUUCGUGCAACUCUUCUUCAUCCAUACUUUCUCAGUCAUUGAAUCAGCUGUUCUGCUCUCCAUGGCCUUUGACCGCUACGUGGCUAUCCGAGAACCCCUUCGCUAUGCCACCAUUCUCACACCAAGGCGCCUUGGGGCCAUUGGGCUAGCCGUUGUGACCCGCAGCACUGCCCUGCAUUUACCCCUGCCUGUGCUCCUUGGAAGGCUGCAAUUCCAGCCUGUGAAUGCUCUGUCUCAUUCGUAUUGUGUUCAUCCUGAUAUUCUGAGGCUGGCCAGGUCCAGCACUCUUGUGAACAGUAGCUUUGGGCUCUUUGUCAUGCUCUCCACCCUGGGAAUGGAUGCUGUGCUCAUCCUCAUCUCCUAUGUGCUGAUCUUGAAGACAGUGUUGAGCAUUGCUUCCAAUACUGGGCGGCUCAAAGCUUUCAACACUUGCAUUUCCCACAUAUGUGCAGUAUUGCUUUUCUAUACCCCGCUGGUUAGCCUGUCCAUGAUCCAUCGUUUUGGUAAAAAAAAGCUACCAGCUCAGGUAUAUAUGCUUCUCUCCUACCUCCACUUCCUUAUGCCUCCAAUGCUCAAUCCAAUUGUCUACAGCGUGAAAACCAAAGAGAUUCGGGUACGAAUUCUAAAGAUGCUAUGCCCCCAAAAGCUCUGA